CGCGAGUAAGUUACCUGCAACUUUUGUGUAUGCUGAAUUUUCUUGCUGUUAUGGUGUGUGCAAGUAAGUAAAUCGGUAAAGAUAGUAUUAUCUAAUUGUUUGUUUGCUUGUUGUGCAUUGCAUUUGUUUGCCAAGCUAGGAUUUGAAUUGUCACUCCCUGCCUAGUUUGUUAGAGAAUCCCACUACUGGUUGGGAUCAAUAGAACUUUGAGUCAUGUCUGGAACUGAUGAUGAGGAGGUAAACCCUCCUGUUAAGACCUUAAGAGAAUACAUGUACCCUACUAGGGUUAGCCAACCCUCAUGCAUUGUUUUGCCGACUACUAAAGCACAUUUUGAGAUUAGAAUUAAUACCAUCCAGGCUCUGCCAAACUUUUAUGGCAAAGAAACUGAGAACCCUUAUUACCACAUUAGGGACUUUGAGGAACUAUGUGGUACUGUGAAAAUUAAAGACUUGACCGAUGAGUAUUUGAGAUUGAGAUUAUUCUAAUUCUCUUUGAAAGAUAAAGCAAAAUCGUGGUUUGAUGCAUUACCGUCUUCUUCCAUCCACACUUGGGAUGCGAUGAUGAAGUUAUUUUUGCAUAAAUUUUUCCCUAGGCAUUAAACCACGGCUUUACGUCAAAGUCUUAAUAGUUUCUCGCAGCAAGAAGGAGAGUCUCUCUAUGAUUACUUAGAAAGGUUCCAUGAUAUCUUGUUGCAAUGUCCGCACCAUGGAUUUGAUACCGUGAGACUCACUAUGAUUCUCUAUGAAGGAUUAGAUCACAAAACUAUGGCCAUGGUGGAAACAUUAUGCGGGGGUAAUUUUCAGGAAAAGAGUGCUGAUGAGGGGUAUAAAUUUUUGCAUGAAGUAGCUGAAAAAACUCAGGAAUGGGACGCUAAGGAACCCAUUAAGAAAUCUGCACCUAAUAGGAAUGAAGUGCAUAGAGUUGAUAUUAAAUUUGACUCGGAUGCUAAAAUUGCUGCUGUGGCAAAGCGAAUUGAGUCGUUAGAACAAAGUCAGUUUAGUUCUAAAACGUUUGUAGACCAUUCCUUUGAUGAUAAUGUCAUAGAGCAAGCCAAUGCUCUCUAUCAGGACAAUCACCAAAGAUUUGACCCUUACUCGAACACAUAUAACCCAGGGUGGUCGAGACACCCUAACUCUUCAUGGUCUAAGGGUCAAUAUCAAGACCAACCAAGUAGCAACAUGUUGUCAGGUUUCACACAAACAUAUCCUAGUUUAGUAGAAAGUCUAAAGUUGUUGACACAGAAUACUUUACAACUUAGUCAAGACAUGAGGCAAUUUUCUCAAUUCCAGCAAAGUGCCUCUCAAUUCCAACAGACUACACAAAAAUUGAUAACGAACUUGGAACAUCAAUUAGGACAGCUGUCUAGUCAGCUGAGUGCGAGGGAUAAGGGAACCUUCCCUAAUCAGCCUCGCCCAAAUGCAAAAGGUACUUCUGAGGUGAACCAAUCUGGAGUUACACCUUCGGAUCAUGUCCAGGCCAUUACCACUUUGAGAAGUGGUAGAGUUUUAGGUAAUCAGGAUCCUAUUCUUGAGGAAAUUGAGCAAAUCAGGGACUCGUCCUCAACUUCCCAGGCUACUCCUUCUAGCAAUACAGAAGUUGGUUUAAAUGAGAAGGAUGAGCCUGAGGUUUCAUACAUUCCUCGUGUUCCUUUUCCUCAAAGACUGUUACCUAAAACUAAAGAAACUCAAAACAGUGAGAUUUUAGAAGUGUUUAAGCAAGUUAAAGUUAACAUUCCUUUGCUUGAUGUUAUUAGACAGAUUCCAUCUUAUGCUAAAGUUUUGAAAGACCUUUGCACUGUGAAACGCAGAUUGAAUGUGAAAAAGAAAGCUUUUCUCACUGAACAGGUCACUUCCAUCAUCACACAGAACACACCACCGAAAUAUAAAGAUCCUGAUUGUCCUACCAUAUCUUGUGUUAUUGGCGACCAAACCAUUAAGCAUGCAUUGUUAGAUUUAGGUGCAAGUGUUAAUCUUCUUCCAUGUUGAGUGUAUAAGCAGCUUGGAUUAGGUGAGCUUAAACCUACUAGUGUUACAUUUCAGCUUGUGGAUAGGUCCGUAAAAGUACCUAGGGGGAUAAUCGAAGACGUGUUAAUACAGGUUGAGAAGUUUUACUUUCCCGUCGACUUCAUUGUCUUAGAUAUGCAGCUUGUUUCUAUUCCUAGUGGACAGAUUCCAGUCAUACUAGGUAGGCCUUUCUUGGCCACUUUGAAUGCUAUUAUAAAUUUCCGGAAUGGGAUUAUGGAUCUUUCUUUUGGUAACAUGAAAAUGGAAAUAAAUGUUUUUAAUCCUUCUAAUCCUGUUCUGGUUUCCGAUGCUUGUGAAUCUGUUUGCAUGGUUGAAUGUGUGAAUGACCAUUCUAGUGACUGUUGUUUAGUGGAUCUCGGAGAAUAAUUUGAUAACAUCGCAGGGAGUAAAAAUUUGACAGAAACUGAAUUGUUAGACGAUUGCUUCCAUUUUGCUGAUUCUGAAUAUCCGGUUAUGCAUGAUAUUGUUGCUGCAUUAAAUCCUUUUAUUGAUGCAUCUAACUGUUCUCCAGAAGCAUACAUGAAUGUGGAACCAAUUGAUACAGGGCAGUUAACCUGGACUGCUAAUUUUGAACCACUCUCCACUUGUUUAGCCCAUUUUGCAGACUCCGAUGACCCAAUGCUAAUUGACAUUGUCAAUGCAUUUGAUCCUCCAAUGGGUAAUAUAGGUAACUUAACAACGGAAGUUAUUUCCGCGGACCUAGACCCAGAUUUAGGAGUUGUUGCUUUUGAUGAACGUGGACCACUAGAUCUAUGCUUAGAUCAUUUUGCUGAGUGUGAUGCUGCGAUGCCUUUUUUAAUGAUCCCGAAAAAGUAUGACUUGAGUAUUAUGGACCGUUUUGCACAAGGAGUGGAUCUUCACAUAUUCUUGGUUGAUUAUAAUCUUCGCAGGUUCUUAGUUGCAGCUGAACUUGUGUGUUGGGUUGAUCUCCAACUUUUCAGGCUUUACAUAUAUGCUGGCAGGUUGCUAUUAUGCAUCAUUCUUCACUUUGGAUGAGAUUACUUGCUGCGCGCAAGCUGGGAAACAAAUAUCAUUCGUGGAGUCAACCCACCAGAUUUGUUCCUUUUUCUUUAUCUUUUAAUCUUUUAUGUGUUUGCUUGCGAAUUUUCCCACCUUGUUUUUUACGAUGGAUGAUUCAAUUAUAUUGGGGACAAUGUAAUGAUUAAGUGUGGGGUAGCGGUUAACACUUUAGAUUUUUGUAGGUUAUUCACUUUUAUUUCAUGACCAGCUGUGGAGCGGAUCUCUAAAAAAAAAUGCACAACAUGACCGGUUGUUGAGCGGGUGUAAAAAAAUUUCUUUUGUAUAACAUGACCAGCUGUUGAGCGGGUCAUUCUGUUUAUCAGUCUCGCUGUUUAGCAGACUUCUUUAAGCCAAUGUUUAGUGGCUCCGUCUAGCUGUUUAGCGGACAUUACUCUACCACUGUUUAGUGGGAUCGUCUCGCUGUUUAGCAGACAUCACUCUUAUCCAGCUGUGGAGCGGAUAUAUUUUUUAUUUUGCUCGGAACUAGCAAAAAGUAAGUGUGGGGGUAUUUAAUAAGCACGUAAAUGCUACAUGUUUACUCUCACAUUUAUAUUAGCUAGGUCUCGUUAUUUACCUAAUAAUAAUGUUUUAAGGCUUUUAUAGGAAACACGAGCAAUUCCAUUCGCCUAGAGAACAAAUGGCUAAACAAGGAGCUAAUUCGCGUGUGCCACAAAGGUGAGCAAAGUCACUCAUGGCAUCACCUGCUUGGCUACAUUUCUUCACAGCCAGGGAGUUGCAAAGUUUGCCCAUGUAGACGAGCCCGGCCCACUAGUGGCUGAAGAGAAAUGCAAGACGUGGCCACUUCCUCCACCACAAUUAUCUAUGGAAUAUUAUCCUCUUCUUCGGAGCAAAAGAAAUCUGCAUUUCUUAUCAAACAGAGGUCUUGUCUUAGCAACAGUUUCUCUAGAAUGGGAAUGGACGAUACUGUGAUUGAAUUUAUGGGAGUUGUUUCAUGCGAUUCUGCAUUAUUCUUGGCAUCUCAAUAUGACAGCAACAAGGAAGCGGAGAUGGGCAGUUGCUGGUGGUGUUUGGUGGUCUGAAAUGUGGGUCUGAUCUGAAAUUUGAGAUGGAAAUGAACAAGGAAUUAAAGGGGUUCGAUUCAUUGAAGUGCAAGGACUGGAUUCAGCCAAGAAUCAAUGAGAAGAUUAAGCAACAGAUUUUGGGGAUUUCUAGUUUUGAUAUGGACUGGUCUCGGCAGAUUUGUACUGGGACUUUUGGUUUCAAUUGAGAAGUAAGCAAACAACAAUGGAGUCUGGGAAACGACAAGGAAGAUGGAGAUGACAAAGAGCGGUGUUGGAGUUCAGUUAAAAGGGAGUGGAAUUCGGGAAGACAAGCAGAUGUUGAGAGCGAGAUUUGGGGAAUUUAUGGUCUGAAAUUAAAUCUCUAAAUUGAGAAUCAAGCACAACAAUGAUGGCAGGAGUGGGUUUGAUCUGAAGCUGCUGUUAAUUGUUUGUCGAUGGAGUUCUUCUCAAAUCAGCAGCAUCGGUGUUUGAAGGUACUGUUGUGUUCAAGAUUUCCGGUGUUGCUCCCAUGGUGCAAUCUCGUUGCAGUACGGCAAUAGAUGAAACUGGGGUUGUGUUAUUGAUUAAAAUUGGGUCUGUACUGGGUCAACUGGUGAUGGUUUAACUACAACAUCAGUGGGGUUUUGAUGGUCAUCUCGGCAACAAUUGUGAGGGCAUUCUGAUGGCUAAUUCAAUUGGAUACAGUCAUGGUGUUGAGGAGAAUGAAGCUGGUGGAUGGUUGUAUUGGUGUUACUGGUGAUGACCUGGAGUCUGCUAUAGUUGGAUUUGAACAAGUACGAUGGAAAAGAGGAGCUGUGGCUAUGUAUGUAUGUUGGUUGAUCUGAAUUCGUAGUGGUGAUGAUAUUAUGAGUUUUGGCCAAACUUUGGAGUUGGUUUGAAGAUGCAAUGGAGAAUGAAUUGGCUGCAGACAAUUUGCUUAUGAUGCUGGGGUCAGUUUAACAAGAAGUGAAGAUAUGGUUUAUAAUUAGGGAGACUAUGCUGGCUAAGAGGUGCUGGGGCGGUGGUUAAGUGGACAGGGUAAUGGAGUUGGUAGAACCAGGAUUUGGAAAUUGCCUCAAUCUGGAAACUGGAGGUAGUAAUGGAUCAGAUGGACUGGGCUUUGGCAAUAUCUGCUAGGUCUCAGUCAAAUGUCUACAACAGCUGCUAUAUAAACAAGAACAGAGGCAGAUGGGAGAGGACGUCGUUUACAUUGAAGAAACUAGGUUUAAGCUUUCUUUCGCUAUGCUUAGCUUGUUAUUCCCUUUAUCAGUUUUUAUGGCUUUUGAGAAAACCAUGGUUUGCUAAACUACUGUUAGGGUGAAAGGAUGAACUUGUAGGCUAGAUCAUUUGUGUUUAUGAACAAGAGUUUCUUUAAAUCAAAAGCUUAAUUUUCUGUUUGA